CGAACAUUAAGAGCUCAUAUUUAUGACAGCGGCAUAUUUGUGUUCACACCAUCGUCGACAAAGGGUCAUGAAUUUCUAUCUCGGAAUAGUUCUAGCCGCAGCAAUUGCUGCUGUCUAUUCGACAAGUUGCAAGCAUGGUGACGUGAGCAUGUGUGGUGGUCUUAAUUGUACAGAUGAUAGCAUGGUGGUUGGCUGCGAGCACGAAGUAUGCACAUGUGUUAUGGACACAAGUGGCGGCAACGGAAACGAUUGUAUGGAUAUAGGUGACUGUCUAGGAAGAGAGCAUGAGCUUCACUGUAAACAUGACGAAGAAGCACACUGUCUUGACAGAAUGUGUGCGUGCUUAAAGAUGCCACACCAUGGUUAACCAUCAUUUAAUAUUGCAUUAGGAUAUUUCAAUUGAUAUAUAAUAAGAUAGUAUUUUGCAUGAAAUAAAAGUGAAUACUU